AUGAAAAUCUCCAUCAUUGAUGGAACGGAAGCGUCAACAAAAGACUUCUCUGAAAGCCAUUUUGUGCUCAUCUAGGAAUUUUUGUUAGUGGUUUUUGGUAAUUUCCUCUGAGCGCGGGAAUGGAAAACGAAAAUCAAAUAUCGCAACUAAUUGACGAUGAUGAAUGUGAUGAAGGUCUGGAAACUGAAGAAAUUCAAGAGGUCGAAGUCGGGAGGCACUUGAACGUGAUUCCUUUCCGUUUGAUCAAACUGGGUGGUGAUGUGGACAUGGAUUCGGAACUGGUGGAAAAUGAGGGAAAUUCCUCGGAAAACAAUGUGGAAAUAGCCUCCAAUUCAUACAGCCAAAAUCAGUUUCACACCGCGGUUAAGGGAAAAUACUCAAAGUAUUACCGACAAACUUAUAGGCCUGCAUGGGAGUUGAUGCCAGACUUUAAAGGUUGGCUGAAAGGCGUAAAGGGCGAACCAACAAGAGCCUACUGUACAUACUGCUCGAAAACCCUACACGCACAUAGGCUCAGUUUGCUGAAACAUACGUGUACGAUUCGGCAUCAGAAAGCGGCUCAAAUACAUGGAAAUCCCGUUCAGCAUCAUAUGAACAAAUUCUCGGUGGACAUGGAUUCCAACAAUGUACAAACUGUAAUAGUUAAUGAGGAGAACCUGAUUACUGGGGACGAUAAUAGCGAAGAACUAAUGCAACCCCAACUGAUAUAUACAUCUCAGUCCGAAACAGACGCGGCCGAACCUGACAUGACCAACGAACUUGAGAUGGAUGAAUUUGAAGAAGGCGAGGAUUUUUCUUCCGAGUCAAAGGAACAGCAAUCGAUCAUGGCUGAGAAUAAUCAGAACCCCAUUCCAAUAUCAACCAACGUGAUAGACACCACUAAAGGUAGUCCGGUGCCCGGAUUGACUGUCAGUUUGUACAAAUUAGUGGAAGGCCGAUGGACUUACAUUAAUGAAGGUUUGACCGACAACAAGGGCCGCUGUUCCAGCUUCUUCAAAGAGCCCACCUUCUCAUCUGGCCGAUACAAGUUGCAUUACGACGUAGACAAGUACUUUCUAGCCAGAAAGCAGCACAGCGUGUUUCCAUUUAUAGAGAUAGUUUUUGAUAGUGAAGGACUGACCCGACAUCACUUUCCACUACUGCUAAGCCCCAAUAAUUACACCAUCUACAGGUCAACAUGUGAUCAAUAGUUAUCGGAUAGUGGUAGUGCGAAGUAUUAGCAAAUAAUUUUGUUUUCCAAUUGGCCGUUUAGUGAGUAGUGAGUUUUCCAAAUGGGUUUUUUGUUUCUAAGAAACAACGCGUUUGUUGUGGGAAAUAUUUGCUUGCUGUUGCGUUAACUCGCAACCCCCGUGUUCGAAUAUUGCAUGAACACAAACAAAACAUUGACCACUAGAUAACAAAGUCGACUCAGUGGCUCGUCUUGGAGAAGAAUCAUAGUUUUAUCUGGUACAUUGUAACUUUCUAUACCAAACAAGCGAAGAAUUUUUGACUACCUUGUUGACCAGAGGAUUUAAGCAGCAACCAGAAAAUGUGAGUUAAUGGGAAGCAAAUCGCCACUGAUUAUUGUAGCUUGUAGAAAAAAUCAUGUCGUAUUGUUAAAGUAUAUAGAAUAACAGCUAAUGAUCAACAGCAACAAGGGAACUGGGAACGAGUGCGUAUCCCGCCAGUAAAUUCCGCAAUAAAAGGAAUUAAAUUGGAAAUCAUCAGGGAAAAACUGUCCAUAAAGAGUUCACUCUAAAAGUGUUUUACCUGAGGAAUUGAAGCGAAGACCGCAAAUAAAUGUAUCGAGAAAAUCAAUAUUCUCGAGGGCGUUUUAGGUUUUAGCAACGUAGAAUCCGUUAAUGUUCAGGAGCUUCCUAUUGUCCCUCAAGAAUCUUUUUAUUGGUUGUUAGACAUUAAAAAUAUUUGUAAAAUUGUUAA